AUGGCUGCCGUGAAUGUGUGUGACGGGGAUGCCCUUUCUAUUUUGGUAUGUAGUGACUGUGAGACGGUGGAACUUGUCGACUGGUUCUGUCAGGAUUGUCAACAGAAUUUUUGUGGUGAGUGUAAAGAUCAUCAUCUGAGAAGGAAGAAAUCAAAUAUGCAUGACGUUGUUCCAUUACGAGAGGCUAGAUACAAGCAAAUAUUACUGAGCCGACGUUCAUGUGGUCUACAUCCGGGUGUAGCAAUAGAUUAUUGGUGUGAAAAUUGUGAUUCUGUUAUUUGUGUGAAAUGUGUUCCAGAUCGGCAUAAAAAACACGACUGGUGUGCAGUGGACGAUUUCGUGAGUCGUGUCCAGACCGAAAUCCGUGGUAAAACUCACGCUUUGCGAGAAACAUUGAUGGUAUAUAGGAACGUGGCUAUCGACAAUUCAAAAUUGUCGGAAUACAUAACUCAUUGCAUAGCACGGCUCAAGGCAGAUGUCAGCAACCAAGCAAGGGCGUUCUGCCAAGAGGUGAAAGAAAUGGAAGACGGUCUUUUGAAAGAAAUAACCAUAUUUGAGAAUAAAGAAACAGCAAAACAUAGCAAAAAUUACGCUGAGAUGAAAAAUGAUAUGUCGGAAUUAGAUUCAUUGAUCACAAAUACUGAACAAAAACUUGAAAGUUGUGACUCCGCACUGUCUUUGUCCAAUUUAUCAAAAAUGUUGGCUUCUAAAUCCGACUGCUUUCAAUGUCCUGAGAGAACUAAUUGUCAGCCACCGACUUUCAGCAAACCAGAAUAUGUCGAUCGAACAAAGUUAGCAUCAUUGUUUGGUCAGUUGGAAUAUCCAUCUUCUAAAAAUGUGGCCGAGAAAUCAGUAUACGAUGUUAAAACAACGUGCAAAUACCUCAAAACAAAAACUACAAGAAAGAUUCUAGCACUCUGUGUACUGGACAAUGGUAACAUAUGGGUUGCAUUUGACGGAAAUAGAUUUUUGAUGUUGAUGGACGAAUAUUUAAGUAUAAUAAAGGAAUCUUGUGAUACAGAAUACAGUGUGGUCAGCAUGGCACUUUAUAAAAACACGGACAUCCUGUUCACAAGGUUUAUGAACACGCGCGUACAGCGACUCGUUUCCAAUGGCGAAAAAACGAUAUCAAUUGCCGAUUUAUAUCCUUACUACGCGAAGGGCAUUUGUGUAAAUAAUGAAAAUAGACUUUUUGUUUGUGCUGUGAUGUCGCCAGCGUUAUCUUGUAAAAUUGUGAAAAUGACUGGAAGAGGUCAGAUUCUCAUGGAAAUAGAAACAGACCAGAAUGUUUGUGAACCGCUCACUUUACCAUAUAGAAUUACUUGUGCAGAUACUGGUGAAUUAUUUGUCGUUGACAUGGCAAAAGAUGACCACCAUGUCACAUGUUUAGAUAAACAAAGGGAUCGAUUGGUUUCUUGGUCUUGGCGAGGUGAAGGUGUCGGUCUCGUGGCCCCUUUGGGAAUAACAAGUUACAAAAACGCUUGCUUUGUUACCGACGAAACAAACCACAAGAUAUAUGUGUUACCGGAAAAGAGGAAUACAGCUGCAGUGUUAUUGGACGAGAGCACCCGCCAGUCAGGACCACGUUGCAUCACUGUCGACCGGAAGGGAUGUAUCUGGGUCGGAUGUAAUAACGGGACCAUUCUUAAGAUUGAAAGAUAAAUAAAACUGAUAAAAAGUUCAGGCGAAAUUGAGAGGAUGACAUCACUAACUCAUAGAAUGAACUGUCUUAAAGAUAUUUUUACAACACAAUACAUGAAAUACCGUAAAUAUGAUAGAAAUAAUUAUUUUCAGAUCUCGUUUAAAAUCAUCUGUGAUAUUAUGUUUU